AUGGAUUUUUUGCUCAACAGCGCCGAGCACCAAGAACAAAUUUGGGGAAUAUACAAAAAAUUGAUAAAGGUUUUAUCAAUUGCAACAUUGCCCAUUUAUCUCGAAGCAGUUUUUUGUCUUUUAUACAAAAGCCCACAUUUCGACAAAACUUAUAUCAUUCUUCUCACAGCGAAUGUUGUGUUAUCGUAUUCGGCACAAUUUUAUGGCGGAAUCCUUCUCGGACCUGUUGUAAUUGUUCCAUUCAUCGGAUUCUACGCGAGCGGGAUCCUUCAGACGAUGUUCCAUGUCAAUCCGCUCAUUCAGCUCACUGUGUUUUAUAUGAUUUUCCACGCGAAUGCCGCUGUGAUGAACCAUUUAUUCAUUCAACGCCUCAAAAUGAUCGUUCCACCGACAUGGAAGCAUUGCGAUUUUGUUUGCCGAGUGUUCACCGUAUUCUUGACAAUUUCCUACCUAUGUGCAAUACUUCCAAUCUUCACUUCUCUCCUGUUAAUUGAAGAUCAAUACAGUGCAAAAAUGUAUUAUGUGACAACUUAUCGUGACGUUCCAAUCAAUUUCUGGACAGAUGCUUAUGCAGUUAACUCAGCAAGAAGCCGCGAAUUCUCGAUAUCGAUGACUAUUUCGUCCCUCACAUUUGUAUAUUAUGCGAUUGCAUUGAUUGCAACAAUUUCACUAAUCAUUCUCAUAUUCCAUGGCGUCGGAUCCACCAUUGCCCUUCUACUCUCAAAUAAGCCGUAUCGCGAAAUCAUGAGAGGCCAAAUAUCGAAAAGUCUCGCUAAUCCAAUUGUCUACGUUUCGUUAAACUAA